GGGCUGGGGGCGCGGGCUUUAAGCGGAUGAGCGGUGGAGGUGGGCUGUGCAGUUCCCGCGUCCCGCCUCGAGCCUUCCCGGCCCUGUUCCCCCCGAUUCGACCCUCUCCCUCCUAGUCAGCCCGCGGAUGAGGUCAUGCCCGAGCCAUCCCGGGGGUGGGGGACUUGGAUCCUGUGGCACAGGGUGUGUGUGGCGGGGCAGGAGAGGGAGGCAAAAGGCAGAGAACUACGGCAGCUCCUGCUAAAUUGGGGGACCGGGGCGGAGGCCUCGCUUUGAGACCUGCUCCCAGAAGCGGCGGGAUAAGGGGGAGAACCGAGAGUUUGUUUACAGACCUGAGCUCCAGGCUAGGGGGUGGGGAGGAGGAAAGUCCUGUCCCGGCCUCGAGGCACAUCUGGAGCAGCCCCGAACAUCUGGCUGAGCUCGCGCACGAGCCCCACACCUCCCAACUCUCGGAGCUGAGGUGCCUCCAUGACCCUCACGGUCCAUAGGGGCUCGGGGUCGGGCCCAGAGGGGGUAGUGGGAGGUGCCCCGAGUUACCCCACCCCACCCUUCCCACUUCCAAAAUAACCCGUCUCGCGGGCCACCGGCGCAUCGUCCGCUGCCCAACAGACACAUCUCAAAAGACUCGCGGCCAGGGUCAAAACCGGGUUGCGGCCCCGCCUCGCUUGGCGUCGCAGGUAAUCUUGAAGCAGAAUCGGCGUCACCGGUUCUCCGGCUCGGCUCUGCGAGCUGCGCACCCGGAGGCUUCAGCGCCGGCGCGCGGCGGGGACACUCAGCGCCGUCGCGCGGUGCCGGCUCCCGGCCCAGCGCAGGCUCAUCCGGGAAGGGGAAGCUCGGCGUGUCUACGCCGGCUUUGCCUCAGAGGGGCAGCCGCCCUGGCAGCGGGGUUUCCAGGGCCUUCCAGAGCCCAAGCCUUACAACCACCUGUUAGAGCCGGGCCGUGGCUACUGCGCUCGCGGUGCCCAGAGUGUGCACCAGAGGUUUCCUCUGUCGCCCGCUGCAAGAGAGGCGGCGUGCGCGCAGGAAGAGCGACGGCGGCCGGGCGCGCGGCGGGACUUCGGCGCGGCUUCCCCAGGGUGCGACCCCCCGGCGCGCCAGCCGCGCGAGGAUGAGGGCGCGGCCGCAGGUCUGCCAGGCGCUGCUCUUCGCCCUGGCGCUCCAGACCAAUGUGUGCUAUGGCAUCAAGUGGCUGGCGCUCUCCAAGACCCCGGCGGCCCUGGCGCUGAACCAGACGCAGCACUGCAAGCAGCUGGAGGGCCUGGUGUCCGCGCAGGUGCAGCUGUGCCGCAGCAACCUGGAGCUCAUGCACACCAUCGUGCACGCCGCCCGCGAGGUCAUGAAGGCCUGCCGCCGGGCCUUCGCGGACAUGCGCUGGAACUGCUCCUCCAUCGAGCUCGCCCCCAACUACCUGCUUGACCUGGAGAGAGGGACCCGGGAGUCAGCCUUCGUGUAUGCGCUGUCGGCGGCCGCCAUCAGCCACGCCAUCGCCCGGGCCUGCACCUCCGGCGACCUGCCCGGCUGCUCCUGCGGCCCUGUCCCAGGUGAGCCACCCGGGCCCGGGAACCGCUGGGGAGGAUGUGCGGACAACCUCAGCUACGGGCUCCUCAUGGGGGCCAAGUUUUCCGAUGCUCCUAUGAAGGUGAAAAAAACAGGAUCCCAAGCCAAUAAACUGAUGCGUCUACACAACAGUGAAGUGGGGAGACAGGCUCUGCGUGCCUCUCUGGAGAUGAAGUGUAAGUGCCACGGGGUGUCCGGCUCCUGCUCCAUCCGCACCUGCUGGAAGGGGCUGCAGGAGCUUCGGGAUGUGGCCGCCGACCUCAAGACCCGCUACCUGUCGGCCACCAAGGUGGUGCACCGACCCAUGGGCACCCGCAAGCACCUUGUGCCCAAGGACCUGGACAUCCGGCCUGUGAAGGACUCGGAGCUCGUCUAUCUGCAGAGCUCCCCUGACUUCUGCAUGAAGAACGAGAAGGUGGGCUCCCAUGGGACGCAGGACAGGCAGUGCAACAAGACGUCACAUGGCAGUGACAGCUGUGACCUCAUGUGCUGUGGACGCGGCUACAACCCCUACACAGACCGUGUGGUCGAGCGGUGCCACUGCAAGUACCACUGGUGCUGCUAUGUCACCUGCCGCAGGUGUGAGCGCACGGUGGAGCGCUACGUCUGCAAGUGAGGCUGCUCCGCUCCUCGGGGACCCUCAGAGGCUGGCCAAGGGGCCUGGAGACGCCCCAUGGAUUUUGGCUUGUGAAUUCCAGAUGCUAGACGUGGAAGGAGGCUUGUCCUCUGCCUCCACUUGGAAACCACCAGGAACAGAAGGCCGGGCCACCCGGGAAAGAGGGCCAGGACAUCAAAGGAAACCGACAAGGUUAAAAAUAACCUGGCAGCCCGAGGCCCUGGAGUGCCCACCUGCUGCCUUCCAGGCGGGUCUAAGAAGCCAGAGGCAUGGGUUUGGCAAGACUGGUACAGGCUCGACCUUUCCUAGCCAGAGACUCAAGCCUCCUGGGAAGUGGGAGGUCAGCCUCUCCUCACCAGAAUGUUCUGCAGGCCUAGCCCUCGAGACCCCCGGCCCACCCCAGGGUCUGAGCCUACUGGGCCCACCACAUGGAACCACUAGCUUGGGUUGUAAAUGUUUCCUUGUUUUGUUUUGUUUUUCUUCCUCUGGGAUGUGGGAGCUACAGAAAUAUUUAUAAAACAUAGCUUUUUCUUUGGGGUGGCUGGCCUCAAUUCCUCUUUAUAUAUUUUAUAUAUAUAAAUAUAUAUAUAUAUAUAUGAUCUGUAUUUUAAACAAGUUCUUUAAACAGCUGUAUGAAAUAAAUGCUGAGAACCCCA